AUGACAGCGAAGACUCCCGACAUCCCAUCCUAUAGCCAGAUAGCCUGUGUUGGGGCUGGCUUGUCAGCCGUAGCCCUAGGAGCAACGCUAAAGAGAUGGUACAACCUUGAAGACAUCCGCUUCUUCGAACGGCAUCCCACGAGUGGUGGAACGUGGUACAUCAACACAUAUCCAGGAUGCGGCUGCGAUGUGCCUAGCGCAUUGUAUAGCUUUUCCUUUGCUCUGAACCCAAACUGGACUAGGCUUAUGCCUUCGAACACGGAGAUCAAAGAGUAUGUUGACAACGUGGUUGACACAUACAAUCUUCGUCGAGCGAUGACCUUUGGCACGGAAGUAGUCCGUAGUGUGUGGCGGGAAGACGCAAAUCGCUGGAUUCUAUACCUACGUGAACUGGAAACGGGACGCGAAUAUACGCACGAGUGCCAGAUCCUCUUUGCAGCCACUGGACAGCUUGUCGAGCCGCGACCAUGUGAUAUCCCCGGUGCCGCAGACUUCGGCGGGAGUAUAUUCCAUUCGGCGCGGUGGGAUCAUAGCGUGGAUCUCGAAGGGAAGAAUGUCGUUGUUAUUGGCAAUGGCUGCACUGCUGCCCAGAUCGUCCCAGCUUUGGUCAACGAGGGAAAGAUCAAAUCCCUCACACAAAUCGUUCGAACGAAGCAUUGGAUCUUUCCGGUUCCAAACUUCUCCUAUCCUCGGCUUCUGCAAUGGAUCUUCCGCUACGUUCCUUUGGCCAUGAAGCUGCACCGAUUUCACAUAUUCUUGCUUGCUGAAAAUGACUUUCGCUUAUUUCCGAUGACGAAGGGAGCAGCCAGACUUCGAGAGAAACGGCGAAUCAAAGUAGAGAAAUACAUGCGAGAGGCAGGUCCAAAGAAAUACCACGAUCUCCUGAUUCCGGACUUUGAUGUAGGAUGCAAGAGACGAAUCUUCGACCCUGGCUACCUCGAAAGCCUACAUAGUGACAAAGUCCUCCUGACCGACGCGAAGAUUGAUAGAUUUACCGCAGAAGGUCUUGAGACUGACAAAGGCUUCAUUCAGGCGGACGUGAUUGUUCUCGCGACAGGCUUCAGGACUAACAAAUUCAUUCCAUACAUGGAUGUGGUCGGGCAAAACGGCGAGAGUGUGUCACAGCACUGGACUAAGUACGACGGCCCAGCUGCCUACAACUGCUCGGUUCUUAGUGGCUUUCCCAACUUUUUUAUGCUCCUCGGACCUAAUGCUGCCACCGGACACACAUCAGCUAUGUUGGCCGCUGAGAACUCGAUUAACUACGCUCUUCGCGUUCUAAAGCCCGUUCUAGACGGUGAUGCCUCAUCAGUAGAGCUAAAGCCCAAGGCCGAGCACGACUACGUCUACUGGGUGCAAGACGCAUUGAAUAAACGCGUUUGGAACGCGGGCUGCGUAUCAUGGUACCUCAACGACAAGAGAUGGAACUCCAUGUCGUAUCCGUGGACCCAAGGUCACUACUGGUGGAGGAGUCUAUUUCCCACAUGGUCUGAUUGGCAUAUUAAGAAGACUAUAAAGCCAUCGGGACGAAGAUUCUCUAAGGCUUUAUUCCUUGCACUUUGUAUUGGGAUUUUGGGGGUAGCUCGGCUUGGUUACUUUGGAAACCUGUCUCCAGAAAUUGUUAAAACCUACUUGGCCAGUGUACAAUCCAUCAUAUUGGCCAAGUAA